CAGUCGGUCGCUGCAGUUUGGAGUCGCCGACCGUCCUCCCGGGAGUCUGCGAGGGACUUGGGCUAGGGGGUUGCUUUUCAGCCUUUCCGCAGAACCAGACCCGCCCGCAGCCUCUGUCGCAGGGAGAGAGAGCCGCCUCCUCUUAUCGCUUUCCCUUUCUUCCCUUCCGCCCUUUCUCGGCUUCCUGCCCCCAGCAACUCCCCCCCACCCCCAACCCGAUGGAGUGAAUGAGUGCGUGAGGAGAGGCCUUGCAGGCUGCAGGGUUUUGCGCGCGUACCUUCGGAGCCGUGCGUGCGCGCGCCCCGCACUUGCGCGUGCCCCGAGCUGUGAGCGCGCCCCCCCAGGCCUGCGCGUGCUGUAUGUGUGCGCGCGCGCGCCCGGAUCCCGCGCGUGUCCCGAGCUGUGUAUGCACGCGCUCGUCCGAGCCCACUUAGGGUCGGGUUUUAGCUGGGCCUGAGCCGGAGGGUCUGGGCGGCCGCCCUUACUGACUCCCUGCGGAUGCUGGGCUGACGGGCUUUUAAUUCUUCACUUGUUCCGUCUAGCAAGCCAGGGACCCGUGGCCGCUUUGUGCCUUCCGCAUUUUCCCAGCCCCCGCCUUUGUCCCUAAAAAUUAGUUUGAUUGACGUCUUUUGUUUUUAGUUAUCUCCUGAAUCUCCUCUUCCCUCCCCUCAUCCCCCCUAUCUCGCCUUCCCCAUCAAGCCCUCCUGAAUCGGUUUCCCCGGCUGCAAAAUGAAGGAGUUGGACUAGAUUUCUGAGGUCCCUUCCAGCACCAGAUCUACGGUUCCGGGAUCCUCGGACCUCCGAUCUGGCCUAGCUAUCCAUCUCACUGGGCUCUUUCCCUCCGCCUCCUAGACUGUAGUGCACUUCCCAUGUCCAUUCACAGAGCCUCCAUCCCUGAAACUUGCCUGCUGCGAUGCUGCGGCUAGCUACUUACUCCGCAUCGCCUAUCCCCAGCGUUGUUUGCAACAGCGCGUCUGUUUCUCUGCACUCUCACCGUGAUGCUGUGCUGGGUAAACUAGGAACUAAGAUGGAGAAGCAAAUGUUGGAAAAUGUUCGAUUAGAAGACAUACUUCAUUUUCUUGAGAGAGAAGGAAUUGAUUCCCUUGCUACUACAGAAGAUCAGCUUUGUUAUGUCUGGCGUUUAUUCCAGCAUAGUGAGAAUAGGCUGAGAACUGCUUCUGGAGACUUGGAAGAGCUCAGAGUAAAACACAUGGAAGAAAUGAAAGAAGUGGAAAAUUAUGUGAAUCAUGUCCGUCAAUUAACUGAAGAAAGAGAAGCCUUAACUCAUGAUUUUGAAAAAGAGAGUGAACGACUUCAACUCGAAUUUAAAGAACUGCAGCUCCAACAGGAGAUCGAGCUAAAGGAGAUUGAAGAAAUGUUGGAUCAGGAAGGCUUAUCAGAAAUAGCACAGAGCAGUCCCAGUGAACAGAUUGCAUAUUUAUUGGUAGAGAGAACAACACUGUUGGAGAAGCUAGAACUGGCUGACCCCAAGUUAAAUUCAUAUAAACCUGUGGGUAAUGGCCUUCAAGGAGUUCAUCUUAAGGAUGAAUUUGAACAAAUCCAUACAUUGGAAGAUGAACUUCAGAAACAACAGGAAUUCUUGCAUUGGCCUGAAGAAACUCUGAAUAAGCUCCCUAAUGAAGAACUGGAAAAAGAGGAAAAUAUACAAGGGAAACUCAAGAAUAAUGUGGAGGAAGAAGCUCCUAGAAGAUUAAGGGAGGCACAUGAAGAGAUCUACAGACUUACUGAAAAACUAGAUGCCAAGGAAAAAGAACACAAUAAACUUGAACUUGCUUUGAGUUCAGCCCAACUAGAAAUUAAAGUGCUAAAAGAAAAUUUUAAUACACUUAAAGAAAAUGAAUCAACUGACUUACAGGAAGCAAAGCAACACAAUCAAGAACUGGACAGAGACAUUCUGGCAUUAAGAAAUCAUGUCCAGAAAGAUUCAGAAAUAAAAAUGUGUGUGGAAUUGGAUAAAAAGAAAGAAAUCAUCUCCAAAGACAACCAUGAAACAGAAAGAAGUGAAAAAAGUGAUGAGAUAUUCCAUAAAAGAUGUAAAAAAAUGAUUGAAGACCAAAAAUUCAAGUAUACAGACCUUCUUCAGAAGUUCCAGAAACUUGAGCAUGAACAUGAACAUUUAGUAGAACGGAAUGAAGAAUUAGAACUUCUUUUGGGAGAGACUCAAAAUCAAACCAAGGAAGAGAGAAAACAUUUUGAAUAUCAUGUUGAAAAACUUCAAAGGAAAAUCUCCAGCUUAGAGACUGAGUUAUCCAAAAUACAAGAAAGCAAAAGAGAAACCGUUAUGAAAAGUCAAGAUACUGUUACAAAAGCAGAAGACUUCCAAGAGAUAUUGAUAAUGAACCAAGAAGAAAUUGAAGUACUUGAAAGUCAGUUAUCAGAAGAAAAAGCAUGGAGAAAAGAAUUGGCAUUUGAACUUAAAAAGGCACAGAAAGUUUUGCAGGCUGACAGUCAGGAAUUAGAAAGAUCAAAGUCAGAGCUUUUGUAUCUUUUUAAUGAAAUUCAAAAUCUUCAAGGGAAAAGAGAAGACAAACAUUUUUUUUUUACAGCAUAUGAAAUACUACAAAGAGAGAAUGCUUUUUUAGAAACAAAGGUCUUGAAGGUUUCACAACAAUGUGAGCACUUAAAACAGUUAGCUAUGGGGGUAAAAGCUGCAGAUGCUAAUGAAAUGACAAAUCCAGGAGUGUCUAAAGAUCAUACACUUGAAGAACCAAGUCAGAGCCUGAGGGGAGAAAACCAGCAACCAUGUCCUGAAUUAGCAGAAAGUAGCAGACAGAUGGACAUGCUAAAGGAACCAAUGAAGGGGGACACUUAUCCAAAAGAGAUGGAAAGGGAAGAACAUCCUCAACAGGAACAAGAUGUAAAUGCUGAGAGGCAGCAAUUUAAUAGCAAGUCUGAGGAGGAAAAGCUUAGAGAAGAGUUGAACCAGCUGAGUAAACACUUUCUCCAUUCUCCCAGUUCUGGAGAUAGUUCAGAUGACAGUAGCAAACAGAGUUCAAUAGAUAAAAGAUUGAGAUACCAACAUCAAGGAGAAGAGAUGCAGAAGCUUCAACAGAACUUGCAAAGAGUCCAGACUCUGUGUAGCUCAGCUGAAAGAGAACUUCAGUUUGAACGGACAAAAAGCUUUGAUUUAAAGCAGCAUAACAACUUACUUCAGGAAGAGAACAUUAAAAUCAAAGCUGAAUUGAAGCAGGCCCAGAAGAAACUACUAGAUAGCACAAAAAUGUGUUCUUCUAUCACAGCAAAUUGGGAAAGCAGUCAACAGAAAGUAAGAGACCUUGAACAAGAAAUACUUAAACAAUCCAAAAAUAUUCAAUCACAGAACAGUUUAUAUGAAAAACUUGCUCAAGAGAAAACCAGAGUGGCUCAUGCAGAGAAAAUGGUCUUGGAACUCCAGAAGAAAUUAGAAGUUGCAAGUGAGUCGUGUACAGAAGCUUGUAUUUUAGAUAAAAAGCAACUUGAAGAAGCGAUAAAAGAAGCAAGAAAAAAUGAGACCAAACUAAAAAUGCAGUAUCAGGAAGAACAACAAAAAAGGAAACUGCUAGAUCAAAGUGUAGAUGAACUACAACAACACAUACAAUAUUUACAUGCUAAAGAGGCUCUUAUGGAACAGUCUAAUUCUAAGCAACAAUUUAAGAUUCAACAACAAGAGGUCCAACUUCAAAUAUUAGAAGAUGAAAAAAAACUAUCUGAUGAGCAAGUUAAAAACAAUCAGGAACUGACGGAGAAGAUAUCUGUGUUACAACAAGAAAAGGAUUCUUUAAGAGAUGAAUAUAGACAAUUUUUGAAUCAGCUUGAUGUCCAUAUGAGAAAUUAUAAUGAGAAACACAAUCACCAUAAAGCCAAGCUUCGAAAAGCCAAGGAACGUUUAACAAAUGAAGUGGAACAGCGAGAUGAAAGGAUUAAACAACUAGAAAAUGAAAUUGAGGAGAUGCAGAGACUAAUGGAAAAGGAGAAAGAGUUCCAGGACCAAGUCACCACGCAAAAUGAGAAUCUACUCAUUGAAAAGAGGCGACUUUUAGAGAGACUAACAGAACAAGAUGAAACUAUACAAGGCAAUAAAUGGAUGAUCUCUUCAGUCCAGAACAGAGUUCUUUUCCUGGAUGAAGAAAACAAGCUACUGCAGGAAAAUAGCCUUCGGCUUACCCAGCAGGUUGGCUUCCUAGAGCAAAUCCUCAAGACUAUCCAGCUUCGAAGAGGGGAGGUGGAGGAUCAACCUAUUAAACAGGACUCUGACAAGAAUCUUGCCAGCAAUAAUUAACAGAAAGAAUCCUCCCACAUGUGAUUGUCACGGGACAACCUAUGUCCUUUUCCUUUGUAGAGAUGGAUAGUGGAAGCAUCCUUGAACUCCUAGGGAAUAACCUCCUCUUGCUAAACAGGCUGGAAGAUUUCAGUCAGUUUUUGUAUGAGCAGCAUAAAUCGGCUUUGUAAAUCUCAGAAUAGAAUGAACACUAAGUGCUUUGCCACGUGAAAGGAGCCUCACCUAUUCUUCUGCUGGAAUUUUGUUUAGAGAGAGAUUGACUUCAACCUGAGGUACACAGUCGGUGGUUGCAGCAGCAUUGCUUAAUGUCAAUCUGUUGAGAACAUUGUGGAAGUGUUUAGCCCAUCUUUCCAGGAUCAUGUCCUUCUCAUUAAUCAAUGUGACUCCUUCAGCACUAAGUAGUUGAGAUGCACAAUAGCCUUCAGGACAUCAUGGAGACACUUUGGAUUAUUACUAUCAGUAUUAAACUGAAUUUCAUCCACUGUUUUACUGAGCCAAGAAUCCUGCAUCUCUCUAAGCUUUGCUUGCACUUUAUUUUUGCUAAGAGUUAAAUGCUACCUUCUUGCACUGCUAAUAAAUCCUGUGGAAUCCUUAUACUUUC